CGUCACCGAGCGCAGCAGCCAAAAAUCACUCUCCUGCGGGCGCACAAUUACCGAAUCACAAAUUCGCGAACGCAGGACAACCCAGCGAACAACCCACGAGCCAACGAGAACGCAACUCGUGACGCCGACGCCAAAAGUGGCACAGCAAGGCUGCAGCGUUUUGUCGCCCAUACGUACGCGGUUCGCCGGACGCCUGUAAAGCGGAACGUAACACAAAAAACAUGGCCUCGACGAUCACCUACGAGGUGCGCGUCCUGCGCCACGUCCUCGAGAGCUGCGACUGGCUCGCGUCGCGCGGGCGCGACGGCCUCGCGAAGCUCAAGGAGAUGGCGCGGGAGACGAAGUGGCACGACGGCGACGCGCGCCACGAGCGCGUCGCGCUGCCCGAGAACUGGAGCCGCGCGAUCCCGCUCCACGGCGCCGUCAUGAACGGCCACUACCAAUCGACCUUGCCUUACUUGGUCGAGACGCUCGGCGCGCCGGUGGGCGGCGUCUGCCCGCGCGACGGCAACACGCCCUGCCACACGGCGGUCGUCUGGGGCCAUUUACACGUCGUCGCUUAUUUAUUAGCAAGGGGCGCGAGGCACGACGCCAAAAACGACCACGGUUUUGAUCUGGCGGCGCUGGCGCGACGGCGCCAGGAGCGCCUCGAGCGGGGCUCGGACAUCGAUCGAGCGUACUACACGCGGAACGGCGUGCCGCUGCAGGCCCUGAUCGAGGAGGGCGCGCGGCUGACGCGACUGCUCGAGGGCGUCGCGCGGGCGGGCGGCUGGGACGCCUGGGCGCGGCCGCGCGCGACGCGGAGCAAGGUCGUCGCCGUGGCGGCGCCCUGGCUCCGGGCGAACGGACUGCGGCGCGACCUCGCGGCGCUCCGCGCGAACUGCAAAGGGAUGGAGAAAUUGGAGGUCGUGCCGGAGAAGCCGCGGCGGCGGCGGCGCGAACGGAGGGACAAGGUCGACAAGCGCAUGGCGCUGGCCGGCCCCGCGGCCGUGGCGGCGGCGCGCGCGGCCGUCGCCGCGGCGGACCCUUCGCUGCCGGACGCGCUCUUCAAGGCGGAUCUCGGCGGCGAGCAGUUCGCGCGCGCGCUGCGCUGGCUCGGCGCGGCGACCGUCGACGACGCGCGGGAUUUAGAUAGGACGGAGGUCGCGCGCGUCGACGGCCUGACGAGUGCCGAGCGGCGCAAGCUGUGGCUGUUUGUCGCGGGUGCCAUAUCGAAGCGCGACGACGCCGUCGCGGCGGCCGAGCGCGCGGCCCUCGAGGACGCGGCCGAGCCGCCGCCGCCGGUUCGCGUCGACGCAAAGGUCGCGCUGGCGCUGCUGGAGGCGAUGCCCGAGGGGCCCGUGAGCGUCAUCGCCCGCUUUGCCUACGCCGCAAGGGUGCCGGUGAUCGACACACGGCCGGUCACGGACGAUGCGGUGCUCGCCGCGGUGCGAAUAAUGAAGAUGUAAAUUAUGGAUGAAAC